UUCUGGAGAGAAUAUUUCCACCAAAUUGGGACACUCACAUCGUUCCAAGUACCAUGGCAGACGUUCGGGCGCUGUUGAAGGCCAAACGUCAGGAAGCGCGUAUCUCUCAUCCUCUAGCGUCGUACUCUUCUUCUGGCCAACUUCGAUGCUCUGCCUGUGGCACUACUGUCAAGCAUUCUAGCGCAUGGGAAGGUCAUUUGGGUAGCAAAUCACACCGAACAACUGUAGCUCGGCUGAAGGAGGAGGAGAGGAAGAAGGAAGAGCAGAGAUUGAAGGAAGAGGAGGAGAAGAACAAGCUUUCUUUGGGCAAGCGCAAAUCUGCUGAUGAAGACGUCGACAUGGCAGACGAGCCAGUCGCCAAGAAGUCCAAGCCCAGUCAUGCACCACAGGGAUUCCCUGCUGAUUUCUUUUCGGAUCCCUCUCUUGCGCCUGCACCUUCAACGUAUGAAGAUGGUUCCGAUGACGAGGAUCAACCAGAAAAACCACUGGCUGCAGCAUCCCAGAACCCUCCGUCAGGUAUUGACAAAGAAUGGGAGCGAUUCCAGCGCGAUGUCAUCAACGCGACUGAGUACCGGGAGACCUACGAAAAUGCUACUGUAUUCGCGGAACCAGUCAUGGUUUCGGAGACGCCUGAAGGCUUUCCUGUACAGGAAACAGAGGCGGUGGUGGUUGACACAACACCUCUCGAUGAAGAAGAACGUCGCAAGCAGAAGGAGCAGGAUGAACGUGAAUUAAUCAUGGAUAGACUACUGGAUGAAGAGCAGGCGCAGGAAGAAGCUGACAUGAAGGUGACCGUGAUGAAGAGCAGACUCGACGCGCUGAAAAAACAACGGGCGGCGGCAAAGGCAUCAAAAGUUAAGGCGAAUUCAUGACUGCUGUACGUCUCAUCGCUUC